AUGCCUAAUCAAGACCACAUCCUCAUUCUUGGCCGCGAUGAAGUUACACAACCCUUACUUCUUACCGACAUCCCUCAGAGCUCGUUUCUACUUGUCCAGCUCAGCAAUCUACCCCCGCGCGACCGCUACAUCCGCCUUCCAGCCCUCACCACCAACAUGGUCGCCGCGUACUGCGAAUUGCCAUCCGUGGACGUCUUGGUCAGAGAGCGCGAUUGGAUGCACAUUGUUAACCUGGCCAUCACAGCAGAAAUUUUGCAAGAUCCUGUUGUGGAGACGACUGCCAUCACUGCGCUGAAGAGGAAAGCGAGAGCUGAGAAAGCGUGCACGUGCGAACAGGCUGUUCACGAUCAUAUCCGGGACUUCACGCGGAACACGGGAGGGGGUGUGAGGAUUGUGCAAAUUAUGGAGGAGAUUUGGAGAAACGAGAAAAGAUCAUUUAUCUCAACCACCAAGGAAAGAAGAGAGGAGUGGAAGGCCUGA